AUGAGUGGUGUACUUAAAAGCAGUGUUGCACAACUGAUACUGCAUCUCACAGAUGUCAAUGACAAUCCUCCGUAUUUAGUAAACGAGAUUGUGUCCUUGUGCCACCCACUCCAAGGAGACAAGAGUGCAAAAUUUGAAGUUGCUGAUUUAGAUUCAGACAUUCCAAACUUCACAUAUUCCCUCGCUGGAAAGUAUGAGGACAACUGGAUCAUUUCUAAAGUGGAUAGCAAACAUGGUAGCAUUACCCCAAAGAACUUGAAACUUGAACAAAAUGUCUAUGAUGUACUUGUGAGAAUUAAUGACAAUGGAAGGCCACCAAUGAAAGAUGUUGUCACUCUGAAAGUGAAUGUGUGCAGAUGUGUCAGUGACAGGUGUUAUGUGGAAAUCGACAAUCCAAAUCCAUCUCCAACAGUAGGAGCAACAAUUGGCAUACUUGUUGGUGUUCUGCUAGUUAUAGGUAAGUGUUUGUAUUAAAUACAGAAUAUGGAC